UCCUUCCCCGGCUUCCGUAGGAAUUCCUUCACUGUCAGUGUGAGGAGACGGUGGCAUCGGUAAACCUCCAAAUCCUGCUCUAGCUGUAAAUUAUGGAAGAGAUUAACAACAUUGAAGUCGUCCCAUGCACAGAGUCCAACUACCUGAAACCGUUCCGGGUCCACUAUAAUCAGAAUGGCACAAAAAAAUCCUGGGACUUCAUGCGCACCCACGACAGCGUAUCUGUGCUGAUCUUCAACACAACCUCACACUGUUUUAUCCUUGUCAAGCAGUUCCGUCCAGCUGUUUACAUGUGUGAGUGGGAAAAGGCCAAGACAAAGAUCUCUCAGGAAGCUGAAAAAACUGAAGAGGGAGAAGCUUCUGAAUCUCAAGAGGGCCCGUCGGCCUCAGCUGGAGAGAGUUCUUCCCAGUGGCCCCCAGCCUCAGCUGGGGUCACCUAUGAGCUUUGCGCCGGCCUAGUGGACAAGCCAGACCUGUCGCUGGAGGAGAUCGCCCGGCAGGAAGUGCUGGAGGAGUGUGGCUAUGAUGUACCAGCUUCCAAGCUGAAGAGGAUCACUUCAUACAGGUCAGGCGUGGGUGUAACGGGUUCUAAGCAGACAAUGUUUUACGUGGAGGUGUCCGACGACAACUGCGUGAGUGCCGGUGGAGGCGAGCCCCGCGAGGGGGAGCUCAUCGAGGUCGUCAAAGUCCCACUGCACGAGGCCAUGACGUUUGCCUACGACGAACGUAUACCCAAAACCAUGGGCGUCAUUUUUAGUUUCAUCUGGUUCCAUAAUAACAUGUCUCCCAAGUACAAGAUUUCUACCAAUGUGUAACUGCCAUUAGUUUAACACUCUUUCUGUCAUUUACUGCAUAUUAAAGUCAAACACUGGUUCAGCACAUUUCUGCUACCCCUCACAGCUCAUAUCCUGUUGUUGCCUUUUAGCUUAUUGGUACACAAACGAGGGUCCUUAUCACUUUUAGCUUUUUUUUGUAUUUUGAUAAUCCUUCAUACAUCAGUUUGCCAUAGCUGGUUGCCACUGGCUCUUUUAAUCUUCUUAAAUUUAGAAACUUUAUCUUUUUCUAAUGUGCCAUCUCUUUUAAAUGGCUUCAUAUCACCAAUUCUUUUUGCCUGCAGAAAGAAAUCCCCCUUCGCUUUAAUGGAGUUCUUGAAUGUUUUAUUUUUUGUUCUUUUUACCUUCAAAGUGGCCAUCCUUUAUUUAUUUUAAUCCCUCUUUAGGUUAGGCAUGGGCCGGCCUGAGAUUUCCAUGCUAUCAUAACCGUAUUCACACACAAAAAAUUAAAAACUAAAAAUGUAUGAAAAGAUCUAAUUGCUUUUAUUUGACACAAAUAUUUUUAAAGCUGCUCAGAUUAGAUUGUCAGCUAAAAUGUUAUCAAGUUAAUUUUUAAAUGAACUUUUCUGACGCUUAGGAGAAACUGCUUUCCAGCAGCCAGCUGACUGGCAGUGUGCAGCAUCUUUCCUUGGAGCGAAACUGCUGCUCCAUAUGGAUGCAGAACAUUAUGUUGACUCCAGUGUUCCCUAUGUUGUUAAAAUUUCUGAUUUGAAGCUAACAGACUUCUCUGUUGGAAAAAAAUAUAUAUAUAUAUAUAAUGCCCCUACCUUUGCACUUAAUAUAACUGCAGUAUAAUAUAAUAGCUCAAUCCAGUUAGCAGCUAUCUUAGUACAAGCACUAACCGUUCAGAAACACCUAAGCCCUUUCUUAACUUUUUAACUAUGAUGUCAACCUACAAUAUACCCCAUUUUGCAAGUCUGGCUGCAUGCGUGUGUGAGAACAUGCAGACCGUACUUUACAUCAAUUUCGAAUCUGAAUUGGAAAACAAAAAUAAUCCAGUUAUGCAAAAAUAUUGUUGGGCAAAUACGAUGUUCAGGCAAGCCAUAUGUCUUUUCUCUGGUCCCCAUCCUUUAAGCAAUAGUUGUUCUAAUACUCAUUAUUGAACAAUCACUUGUUAUGGCUCAUGUUAAUGCCAGUCAACUUAAAAUCAACCCUUGAUCACCACACAGGGACAUGACACACCUACCUUAACUCUGAGGGUACUGAAGCACAAUCAGACGUAAACCUUCUGGUGAAGGGGCAUUAAUAAAAUCUAGCUCUAAGAUGAGGACUAUCUUUGAGAAAUGGGGGAAAUUUGCUUUUUUUUUUUCAAAUAACAUCUUGCAUUUCAUUAC